AUGUCAGCUGCCCCCACCGCUCGUCCCGCGCGGGAGCAACCCCUUGAGAACCGCGCGUCUGUCCUGCGGGCAUCUAUCUUGGAAAGCGCACUUGAGCUCGGUGUCGGUACCAACUGCACUGUAACGAAGUGGAUCUUCAGCCCUGUAGACGAGGGAAGUGAAGAUAUCGACACCGAGCCCGGUGCUGGAAUUAUCCCUUCUCAUGAGUCAGCAGGCAAGGUUGUCGGCUCAGUGGGCCAAGCAUCCUCGUCAAUAUCUCGCAAUGGGUCCGCCAUAGCAGCUUCCGACGCGACACAACGCAUUCAUUUCGACCUGAGCGCUACCCCGGAACCGCGCACCAUAUCACCUUUUCCGCCCAGUCCGCGCAAUGGGAGAUUGCGCCGACUAUGGUCUAAUGGAUCGGACAGUGAUGGAGGGUAUUUGAGUGAUAGCGGCAAGAGCAAGAAGGACAAGAAGAAGGAUAAGAAGGCGAAGAACAAGAAGAAGGACAAAGAGGACGGGGAUGGCACGGAGUACGAAAGCGAUGGGGGGUACUUCUCGGAAGCGAGCAGAACGCAGCGUAAGAAGAGCAAGGGCGAAAAGAAGUCGAAGGCGAAGGCAAGUGCCACCGACGCGCCCGCAACGGAUUACGAGACGGACGGCAGCACCGGGCGCUCUCGUAUCAAGAAGGAGCAACGGGCACGUAAGGGCUCGCUCGCGGCACCGACUGACGAUUCCGACGGCGGAAACCUGUCGGAGGCGUCUACGAAGCGCAAGGGUUUCUUCCGCCUCAACUCCCGGUCGCGAAAGAAGCGCGAUGCUGCUGAGGGGAGCCCUUCGCCGGAGGUGCCGCCCGUCCCGGCUCUUCCGUUCGUCUCGUUGCCGAUCGCGGAGCGGUUCCUGCGCACUCCCACUCCGAGCUCGACGGAUGGAUCCUCGACGGCGAGUACCAUCACGAGCCAACACCUGGCGGCUGAUCAUGAGAGCUUGAUGUCGUACACCUCGACGGAACGCGAAGAGCGCGCGGGAUCCAUGAUCGCGCGCGAGGGCCUCACCAAGGCAUUUCGCGACGCACAGUCUGUGCACCGCCCCAGCAUCGACGUGCUCGCGACGUUCCGCAACCUGGCAACCGUCCCGAACUCGCCCAGUCCGUUGAAGACCAGCACGAGCGUCCCGUCGAUGCACCCGUAUGCUCGUGCCCAGGACACGCCCGACUCUCCUCCGCAGCGAUCGCUGUCCCGCAGGGCAUCUCGCUCGCCCCCACUAGUGAAGGGACCGCGGCCCAUCAUCUCCCCUCCGAACACGGCGAUGCUGUCAGCAAAGCAUGUCCCCACGCCACUCGACCUUCACUCGCCCACCUCUGUGCGUUCGCAUAUCGCUCAACGCGUCCACACCGCCACCGACGGCGAAUACAUCCUCGUCACGCCGACCCAGAACGCGCGCGGCGGAUCGACGUCGCCACCCUUCCAAAGUCCCGCGAGAUCUGCCUCAGUGCGCAGUACCCCGUCUCCCUCUCAUCAAUCGGCCUCCGCGCCGACCAGUCCGCCUCCCGUUCAGUCUCCUCUGCGCCCCCAUGUCCUGGCAUACUAUGGCAUUCCCCCUCCGACGCCUCCUCCUCAGGGACCUCUUCCAGAGCCACCCACGUCUCCUGGCUCUGCCAUACCUCAGGCUAGCCGUUCCACUUCAACAGAACCCAGGAAUGGCUGGCCAUCCCCGGCUGGGUCUGCGCCCUCUCGCGGACUGCCUGUAACUCCCUCAUCUGCAUUGAAACUCGCUCUGAGCUCCCCCAACUCUGUUCCGGCUCCGCCUGCUGGCAAGGCAUUCGUCCCCAUUAUCUCCGAGCCAGUCCCCCGCGCGCAACACGGGCGAGUGUCCCCCUUCCCCGCCUCGCUUGCCCAGCCAAAAGAGGAACGCGGGCGCGUGUCGCCGUUCCCAGUGUCUCCCGUCCGCUCUGUUUCUCCACUCCUGUUUGGAAAGAAAGCCGCUGUGGCCACCGACCUUCGGGAGGAAAACGCCGCUCGCAAUCCAUACAUGAAUAAACCGACGUCUGCUGAUGGCUACGGACCGAACAGCGGCUGGCGCGAUCCAAAGAUGCUGGGUGCCCAGUGGCAGCCGCGCUCCGCGUCCGCACUGGAUGCCCCACGCCCUCGCGCGCUGAACGGCGGGGGCAUCCAGAGGAAGGUCUCCUUCGAGGAUAACGCCUCGCACGACGACCGCGCCUCGGAGCGAGACGUGGACGACGACCUGUCUCACUACGAGCCAGCCGACGGCGAGCGAGUGCAGGAGGAGGACCCCGAGGACGACCAGUCGCACUAUGACGACUCCCGUCCGCCGACCGUGUAUGGCGAUGGGAGCGAGGUCGAGACGUCGAGCGUGUGGAGCCAGUCGGAGAGCCGUAGGAGCUUUUUCGACGAGGAGAAAAGCGCGAGCGCGCGCGCUCAUUUUGUCAGGCAGGUCGAGGCUAUGUACGGCGAAUACACGGUGCCGCCGGUCCCUGCCCUACCCGCGCGAAACUGA